AUGAGUCAUGCACUUAUCUCAAAAGUUAGAACAUUGGUAUCGGCCGAUAGAAAACGGUUGAAAGUUGAUAAUUUAGAUUUGGAUCUAUCAUAUAUUACACCUAAUCUACUUGCUAUGAGUUUUCCAGGAUCUGGAAUUGAGUCUGCAUGGAGAAAUUCAAUUAAUGAUACGAUGGAUCAGUCGUUACGCCACUUUGCAGAGCAGCGUUCACACAAGAAGAAGGGUGUAACACAGCCAUCGCAACAGCGUUACAUCAACUACUUCAAAGAGAUAGUCAGCGGUAACUUUAUGAUCGAUGUAUUCUCACUGAAUUUGGUAUCGAUCGAGAUGGCACCGCUCACCAAAGAACAAGCUUACUCCAUGUCCAUCGAGAUAUUCGAACAUGAAAAAGAAGCUAAUCUCUCGUUUGCAUCAUCUCCUGCAUCAUUACAAGUAACUGCAAUAGAUGAAUCACAAAAUCAAUAUAAAUUAAAUGUAGUAAUAGGAAAGAAAUUCAUUAAAGAUAAAGAUUUAGAUCAUUUCAAGAAAGAUCAAAAAAAGUUUGACGAGAAUUUCUAUAUUGAAUGUAUAUUUCAGAAUAAUUGUACUGUAUUACCAGACCAUUCAUUGCAGAUUUGGAAUAUUAUGUCAGUGAAAUAUCAACAAUUGAGAAAAAUGAAAGAAGAUGAGAAGUUACUUUCUCAAACUCUAUCAGAGCAACAACAGCAAUCGUGUAAUAAUACUUUAAAUAUCAGUAGAGAGAAUGAAGAAGAUGAAGUAGAAUCGUUAAACUCAUCAUCUUCACUCACUUCAUCCACCUCUUCAAGUAUCAAUGAUAACAAUAAUAGUAGUAAUAACAAUAACAACAAUAGUAGUAAUUUAAAUGAUGAAUUAACAUCACCAUCAAUAUCAAAUUCAACUUCUUCCAUGUCCAUUUCAUCAUCAUCAAUAUCUACAACAACAUCUUCACUUGCCGAUCUGAAUAUUAGUAACAAUAACAUCAAUAACAACAACAACAAAGAUAAUAAUAGCAAUAUAAAUACAAGUGGUAAUAGUGUUGGUAUUAAUCCUUUGAAAGUGUCGACAUCUUCAAUGGGUGACUCUGCAGCUACUACCUCUACAUCAAAUUUGACAUCACCACCAACAACAACAACAACUAUAUCAAACGGUAGCGGUAAUUCAUCAUCUUCUACAUCUACACCAACCUUUUCAACGACCCCAACUAUCAUUAUGACAAAUUCUUCAGGUGUUGGUACUCUCAGUAAAGGUUCAUCUCCUGUAAACUAUCGUGAGAGUAGAAUGGUAUCAGUCGACGAAAUGAAACAAAUGAUACUCUCAUUCGAUCUCUCCAAUGAUAAUAACAGCAACAACAACAACAACAAUUAUCAUACCAUUUAUACAACCACUGCCAAUAUAACGACAACGACAACAACAACAACAUCGAAUUCCACAACAACAACAUUAAGUAGUAACUCUGCUUCAAACACACCGACAUCUUCAUCUUCAAAUUUAUCUUCUUCAUCAUCAUCUUCCACAAUAAUAAUAACGUCAACUUCCAAUACAUUAACAUCCAAAGAUAACAUAAGUAGCAAUGGUGAUAGUAAUAACAGUUCACCUUUGAACUCUCCAGCAACAGCACCAAGACAAACAGCAGUUCAUUCAAUGCCUAAUUUCAGUGGAUUUUGGACACCAAAGUUGCCCACUUCUAAAAGACUCUCGAUUCAAUCACAUUCAGCAUCGCACAGACUCGGUUGUAGCGAUGGAUUCAUCAAUCAAGUAGAUUCAACCAAACAAACAAUCAUUUUUUCAACAACAAACAUAAUAAUCGAUGAUAACAAAAACAACAAUAUCAAUAAUAAUAGCAGCAAUAGUUUAUCAAAUUCAUCACCUGAACCAAUUCAGAAUUCAUAA